CGUUGAAUACAUUCAUACUCCAUACCCACUCCUACUAGGCUACUACGUUACUACCAGUGUUUCUCCAUUCCAAAACCCCGACUACCCUUUCGCUGUGUGAUCCUCAGCCCCCAUAGACGUCUUUCCAUAUUUUCUCUCAGGCGAAAAAAAUGGAAAACGAUUACAUUUGAGAACCCAUCAAGAAUUGCAAGCAGGUUCGCGCCAAGAACAAGAAUCGCAAGGUGUUUGCCAAGAAGUUCCAAAGAUGAGUGACAUUUUGGGGAACACGUUAACCCAUCAAGAAUUGCAAGGUGCUUGUCAAGAAGUUCCAAAGAUGAGUGAAAUCUUGGGGAACGCACUUGAUGAGAAGGAGUUAAUUGUUACCAGAGAAAUGGAGAAGAAGAGGAUCAGAGAAGAGAUCAAAGAGUCAGGGUUGUCGCGCAGGCGGGAGUUAGAAGCCAAGGUCGUUAGGGAAAUGAUGAUGGCGGGGGAGUUAGAAGCCGAAAUCGCUUGUGACAUCUUGGGGAACGUACUUGAUGAGAGGGAGUUGAUGAGUGCCAAAGAAUUGGAGAAGAAGAGGAUCAGAGAAGAGAUCAAGACGUCAGGGUUGUCGCGCAGGCAGGAGUUAGAAGCCGAAGUCGCUAGUGACAUCUUGGGGAACACACUUGACGAGAGGGAGUUGAUGACUGCCAGAGAAUUGGAGAAGAGGAUCAGAGAAGAGAUCAAGAUGUCAGGGUUGUCGCGCAGGCGGGAGUUAGAAGCCGAAGUCGCUAGGGAAAUGACGAUGGAGGGGGUUUUUGAUAGUGGUAGCGACAUCAUAGGGUUUUCAUUGAAGGAUCAUGGGUACCCAAGGGUGCAAGGCUAUGGGUUUAUGACAAGGAAGCAAAUGCAGGGGGAGAAUGAUGGGAGGAUGCCUGUGGUGGAGACGAAAGAUGGCAUACUUCUUGGUGCUUUUCCAUUUCAGCGUGAUCUAGAGGCAGUAUUGAAGAGUAGGAUGCCAAUUCCUGAACCGAUCAAAAAGGCUAAGCCUUUUCCCUUGGUCAAUUUGAGUAAAAACAAGUUACGGAAAGAGUGGAGAUGUGCUCUGUGUCAGUUCAAUGCCUCAUCUGAGCAUGAACUGAAUGACCACUUACGAGGAAGGAAGCACAAAGCGAAGGAGAAAGCAAUAGCAGAAACCACUAAACCAGUGAUCGAAAAUACUGACAAUUCUGAGGCAUUGGUGGAGGAAGCCGAAUAUUCAAGUCAACUGGGAAUGAACCUACGUAUUAUUUUGCUGCAGGCUAAGCCUUUAGACUCAGGCGUUUCUGGGGUAAAGCGAAAAUCUGAAGCACCACUAUCUGAAUUUGUCAACGAUACGCCCCCACUCAAUUUGAGUAAAAAGUUACAGAAACUGUCGAGUUGUUCUCUGUGUCAGGUCGCUGUCACAUCUGAGCUCGAGAUGAAGCGCCACUUACAAGGAAGGAAGCACAAAGCGAAGGAAAAGGCAAUAGCAGAAGCCACUAAACCACUGACCAAAAAUGCUGACAAUUCUGAGGCAUUGGUGGAGCAAGCUGAAUAUUCAAAUGAACAAGAAAUGAAUGAUGUCAAUUCGGUUGCUUGUGGAUUGAAGCUGUAUGGCGAAUUGAAGAACGCGAAUGAUGGUGCUGAAGUGAGUGAAAAUGAGAUCACUACAGAUCCAAAUAAUGAAUUCGAAUUCGGGUGCAACAAAAUAAUGAAUUUGAUCUCUAUGGUUUGAUAGAGAUCGGAUUUAUGGGCUUGGGAUUUUCUAUUCACCAGUCAUUUGGUAGAAAUAGAUGCUGUGAUCCUGUUCCUUUUUUUUCCUUUUCCUGGAUUCCCUCUCCUCUUAUGGAUGGCUUUCCUUAGUUUCCCAUCUUAUGUCAUUCUGUCUCCUUUCUUCAGUGAAGCAAUGUAGGUUUGUGUGAAA